AUGUCCGCUCCAUCCGAAGAAACCAAGCCGAAGCGUCGGCAAAACGUAGCUUGUAGUUGUUGUAAACUACGACGUAUCAAAUGCGAUCUAUCCGACUUACUCAACGCACUCCCGUCUUCUUCUACUCAACCUCCUCCACCGCUUAGUGUACUGGUAGAGCAGCAUCCGGAAGUGGGAUGUACGAAUUGCAAGAGGAAGGGAUUGAAGUGCGAUACGCAAGGUAUAAGGGAACCUACUCGACCAAAUAAAGGUGGAAAGAGGAUCGAAGAGGCUAAAAGGAAGUUUGGUGAAGAGCAACAGAAGAAACAAGAUGAACAGGUACCGAUCAAUAUGGGGUUGGAACCGAGUGAGACGGAAAUGCCUUUUGAUAUAAUGGAAUUCCUCAAUAAUCAACCUAUCAACCCACCUUUAGAUCCUUCUCAAGCGACAUAUCUAUCUCAAGAUGCACAGACAUCUGUAAAUCCACUGGAAAUUGCAUCGGGACCAUUGCUUGAUCAGACUAUCAAUUCGAUGUUCGAUCCCACGGGCUUACAAACGUUCAAUCUUAAUCCUGACUCAUCACCAUCAAAUCCCUCACCGCUCAUCAAAACGCCUGGACCAUCCUCCAGCGCCUCUCAGCAAGCAGCGUCAAUAUGGCAGCAAUUUGCCAACAAUCGGAAAGAAGCGAUGUACCUCGUUCGUACGACAGGUCUGACACCUGGUGCGGACGGUGUGCAAAUAAGUGAAGAAGAUGAUGAUAUGAUGGGUGGACUUCAGAGUAGAUUAUCAGCUUAUAUGACCGGAAUACAAUUACCAUCACCAUCGUCCAACUCCACGACCUACCAGGAUAUCUCAAGAUCAUCAUCCUCGACGACACCGCUAGCUGUACCUGGCAAUAUACUGGGAAUAGACUAUAAUACCUAUACCAACCACAACGAUGACUAUCUUAAUGGUGAUACACGAAAACGCUCAAGACCUUCAUAUGAUCUGGACAGCCAAAGUCGGAAGAUGGUCCUGGUAUCUUCGAAUCCGUGGAGAUUGUACUCGGAAUCCGGAAGUGGGCAAAUGAUCACCUGGGGAAGGAGGGAAGCUGUAUCUGAACGAUUGGCUGAUAGAGCUUUGGGGAUGGCAUUAAGUAAUCACUUAGUAAAAGUUUUCUUUCAAGCUGUUCAUCUCUCAUAUCCUGCGAUAAGCCCAGAAGUGUUUUACCUCGAAUGGAUCAGAGCAGGUCAAAGAUCAGACAGGAUGAGUCCGGCGCAGGAAGCUCUCUGUGCGGUGAUCGAAGCUUGGGGUGCUAGAUAUUCCGAUUCUCCUGUGAUAUUGGGACUGAGCGAAGCCAAAGCGAAUGCUGCUCCAAAAGUCAUCAAGGCCGAUGGUACCUUUACCCCAGGCACUCGAGCGAGAACUCAUUGGGGAACGGCUCGUAUAGGAGCGUGUAAAGCUCUGUUGACCCGAGCCAAGCGACUCAUCGACGAGCACGGUCUAUUUCGAAUGCCUAGUGUCACAGGUGUCCAAGCCUUGACACUGUAUAGUCAGUUGAUGCAGAUGACGGAUGAGAAAUUGCUAGACAAAGAUUAUUGGCUGCAUAAUCGUAUGAUCCACUCUACCAUCAUUGAGCAGAUGCAACUUCUCGGCUUGAUGUGGGAUGCUGAGGGACCAAUCGUGACCGAUGGUGGCGAGGCUUCGGUCAGUCACUCCCAGCUACAGAUGAAGCAACGACGAUUGUUCUGGAGCCACAUGAUUGGUGAUGCCUUUUUUUCUGCGGCGAUCGGAGCUCUUCCGAGGAUUCCCCAGGAAGACAUUGAUGCAGCUGGGGAAUGGGUAGAAACAGUCCAAGACAAAUUACCACAGUCAGCGUUCAAAUUACUAGCGUUCUUCCUUUCGAUCUAUCAUCGACUAGGAUUAGCUGGUCGAGAAGUCGCUACCCAUGUCGCGUAUCCGCUAAGAAAGAAGGGUGCAGCGGAUGUUGGAAAGAUUUGCAUGACAGUUAGAAAGGUUUGGAAGGAUAUCAGAGAUAUCAGCAGAGACCUGAAUGCACAGGUGACGCAGCAGCUAAGAGCCUGUCAAAAGGAAGAUCUACUGGGCUUCUCACCACUGAAUUUUAUGGCGAAUCUGCGACUUUCUUGCCCUUUCCUCCUUCUUGUAAUUCAUCAAUUAAUUCGUGACCAACUGGCAUUUUGGAGGAGCUGUCAGCCACCCUCUACUCCAGCAUUCAUAAGCACUCCAUCCGAUCGAUCAUCCUCUACAACACCCCCGUCCAAGCCCGGACAAGGCAAUGCCCGCGCUUUUCACAAUAUAGAACUGCUGGAAAGGUUGAAUAAAGAGAGUAUCGAUGGACUGCUCUUCAGCUGUAGAAGUCAGAUCCACAUGCUCAAGGCUUUCUUACCUACUGGAGUAAUACAGUCUGCAGCCGUCCUGUUAAGAGUCCUGCUGGCUACUGCGCAACUAUUAGCUGAAAUACCUACCAACGAACAAGGGUACCCGGAUCAUACUCCCGGCGGACAUGGCUGGACGUGGGAAGCGAAACAGAAGAAGAUGGACGUUUGUCUGGAAGCAUUACAUCAGGUCGGAUGGGCUUGGGCAGAUGUAGCCGAGGUCUGCGAUUCCGUAGCCCUGACUAUGGAACGCAUGACACCCUCCCCCGAGGAGAUCUCCGCCUGGAAUUCAAGACAUCAGCAGACAAAUGAAAGUCGAUCGCGCGAGUAUGUAGCUCGGAUGAAAGAGGCAGAGGCCCGAGCGAGCGUAAACGCCGUCGAAGCUGUACUGACAUUCUGGCCUCCUGUCUCCAUCCCAAAUUUGAUCGAACAUGCUCUACAGAACGAUCCCAAGGCUUUACUCAAUUCGAGUUUACCUGGCAUGUUGUCCAACCCUCAGCCGUCCCACGUGGGUAUCUCGAAACAUCAUACUUCAGGACAGAACCCUGGGCCUUUCUGGCCAGGCAGAGGGGAUCAGGCAUUCAUCAAUGAACCUCUCAAUGAUGCACCACACACACCGUUCCCAGAAGCUGCACCGGGACACAUGGGACAUCAAAACCUAUCAGGGAAUGAUCGGUCAGGCUCGGAAAAGAACAGUGGUUUUCAUACAUUAUCGAUGCCUUCUCAGUUCCUUGAUGCGCAUUUCGUACAGCCGCAUCAGGUACAACAACCACCGCAACCGCAACCGCAACCGCAACCAACCACAUCAUCUGACGUUUUGGAUCUCAACUCGUUGCUCAAUUUUGGGACUGUUGGUGGUAACAACGGUGCUGAAACCUAUGAUGGGUCGACGAAUCACGAUGGACACGUUGUAGGACACAACGGGCAGACAGAGCCAUUGGAUAUAGAUACGUUUCUCAAAGAACUGGGAAUACCUCAUAUGUCAUGA